GCAAGCUCGUCACGCUACAAAACCAACCACAUCAUCAAUCGUUGAUAAUCAUUUAUGAAAGUGGAGUUCUGUGAACCACAGGUUUUCAAAAGUAUGACAUUCGUUCUGAAAACAAUAUUUUUUGUAAUAAUCUUUCAUGCCAUUUUAGCCGAUCGGCAAGAAACAAUAAAUGCAAUCGAAAGACUCAAAGAUGCCCAGGAGAGCUACGAUAAUUUUCGCGAUUAUGUCAUCAAAGAAACGACCAACGCAAAACUAAGAGCCACCAAUUCAUUGAUUGAAUUUUACGAAGAUGUACUGCAAAUUAAGGAACUGUUUCUACAGCAAUCUCUUUGGGCCGAAGAAGAAAUGGUCUACCAAAUCAACAGCCAAACGAUUUAUCCGACGAUCAACGUCAACUACAAAUGUAUCAACUUCACACGGAUUUUGGUCGGUUACGAUAUGAAUGUAGCAGGUGUGCACUUCACCAAUUGCGCAUUGGACGUAGACGAACAAAUUAAGGUAGAAAUUGUUCAGGUAAUUGACGAUAUGCAGCAGGAUACUGAAAUAGCGCAGUGGAAUGCUCUCGGUACGAUGAAUAGGACCAACAUAAUUCUUCGUCCGGAUGAAACGAUUCCGAAAAUCAAAGAACAACAACAAUAUUUAGAAACUCUUAUCCCUUUAAUUACCGCGGAGCUUAAUUUAGCCAUCAAUAAAUUCAGCGCAAACCUUGGCGCGCUUGGAAAAAGUUUUCGAGCCUGUUCAAUGGAUAACGACAACAUUCUCAAGGCUGCGUUUGACAACAUUAAAUCGCAAAUUGUUCAAAUAUGCAAGGGAAGACUAAUCUGAACAUAGAGCACAAAAGUUCUCGAUUGUUGGUGUUGAAAUAUUGUUCCGAAAAGUAAGAACUUUAAUAAAUAAAAUAAAUUCAA